AUGGAGGGCAUGGAGAUGGAUCAUGGCGAGGCCAGCUGCAAGAUCUCGAUGCUGUUCAACUUCAACACCAUCGAUGCUUGCUUUUUAUCCACAGGAUGGCAGAUCAAAAACAAUGGCAUGUUUGCUGCCACCUGCAUUGGCACCGUUUUACUCGUCGUGCUGGUCGAGUUCUGUCGACGGAUUGGUCGAGAAUAUGACAAUUUCCUGACCCGCCAAUUCCAGCGCCAAGCUGCGCACGGGGCUUUUGCCAAGAACUGGGAAUCCGCCAGGACAGCGGUGACUUUUCGUGCCACACCGCUGCAGCAAUUGGCCAGAUCUAUUAUCCAUGCGGUGACCUUCGCAGGAGCUUAUAUCACUAUGUUGCUGGCCAUGUACUUCAACGUCUAUGUGAUCAUCUGCAUCUUCAUCGGCGCGGGGUUGGGCAAGUUCUUAUGUGAUUGGAUGGUUGUCACGGUGGGAAUCGAUGACGUGCAACAAGAGACGCGGAAGUUGGAGGAGACAACGAUAUGUUGUGACUGA